CAUGCGUCUCCAGGGCCAUUCACUCCAUGUCAUUGGGCUGAGCAAGUUCCGCCCCUACGCUGCUGCCGGGGCGCUCCGACGGGGGGCGUCAGCAGAAGCCGCAUCCAUCGGCCACCACCCAGGCGGCUCCCUUUUGCGCGGAAUUCGCCGGCUGCCGCCCCCGAGAACGAGCGAACCCAGCCAGCGCGAGAGGCAGAGCUCGCUUUGCACAGCAAAGUGAAAGGAAGGGGCUGAGGGCGGCGGCGUCGCCUUCGCCUUCCUUCCCCACCCCCGCCUGCCUUUCAGCCCGCCUCGGCUCAGAGCAGCCCUCCUCCUCUUCUUCUUCUUCGCCGUCUCCAGAGCUGCGGGGAGGGGACUCGCUCGUUCGCCCGCCGUGCAGCCGAAACGAAGCACGACAAGGCGCCGCCGGUGCAGAGAGCAGCGACAGAGGAAGCCAGACAAAGGAGAGAGCGAGCGUGAGGUGGCCGCGGGGGUGGGGAGGUUACUGCUUGGAAGCCAAUACCUGAAGGAAAACAACAUUUUUGUGAUGCCGGGGUCAAUAUCUUGAAAGAGAAAACAGAGAAAAGAACUGCUUUGAUACCAACCUGAGCUGCGUUUACAGAGAGAAACUUAAGGACAGGUUUCGUUUUCCCCCUGUGGGAACCGUGAACAUUAACGAACUACUAGUAGAAGAUAGUGUCUUACGGAUUUGGGGCUUUGCAUCUUGCUCCUAACGUUGAUAUUGCACUUUGAACUAUUAACAAACAUGAGUGAGUUCUGGUUGUGUUUCAACUGCUGUAUUGCAGAACAGCCUCAGCCUAAAAGGCGACGGCGAAUCGAUAGGAGUAUGAUUGGUGAGCCAACAAACUUCGUUCAUACGGCUCAUGUAGGUUCAGGAGACCUCUUUAGUGGAAUGAAUUCAGUGAGUUCAAUUCAGAAUCAAAUGCAGUCCAAAGGAGGGUAUGGAGGAGGCAUGUCUGCAAACGUUCAAAUGCAGCUUGUAGAUACAAAGGCAGGAUAACUUUGGGAUGUAUUUCCAGUCCUUGUGAAUUUCUGUACCUUCUUUCCUGUGUCCCUCUCUUUAUGCCUUGGUGACUGCUUCCUGUGCUCAUGACGAGAGAAGUUGAUGGCUCAUCAUCCACCCCUUGUGAUUACGCCAUUGAACCAUUCUUGUUCUGCUGUGAGGAUGAUAUUUAUCAGACUGGUCUUGUCGUGCCUUUCAAGUGGCAAGCUUACAUCUCACUGCUACCAAAACAUCUGUGACAUAGUAUUGGUUGAGUUGGGUUUUUUGGAGCUUUUCCCCCUGUUUACUCUCAGCAUUUUAAAACAAUAUUUUAACAUAUAGUUUGGUGUUGGGUUGAAUUUUUUAUUAUUAUUAUUAUUAUUUGUGCUUCCUCUGCCAGGCCUUGUUUACAACAUUCCCAUCUAUGUUGGUUUUUAAAAUCUUUAUUUCCUGUUCAAUAAUUAGAAAGCGAGCAAGUUCCUAUUAAUAUGUUGAACCUGUCAUUGUUAAUAUAGAUUUUUUUUUUUAAAGGUCUGGGACCUGCAAGCACAAUGCUCAUUUCACACAGUCAGAAAUCAGCAGAGUAUAUGACCGCAUGCUAUGUGAAUUUGCUUGGUAUGGUGGCCUGUUGGGUGCCAAAAACAUUUUUUAAAAAAUGCUUGUUCUUGCAGAUGGAUGAUACUAUUGCUGAUUUAAAAGUUUUGCAACGGCACCAGAUCAUGCCAAUUUCAGGACUUGCAACUUUUAGCUGCUUUGGAAAUUCAUCGUCUUAGGUUUUUGAUCCAACUGGUCUUGAAAUAAUAAAGAGAGAGCUUGCAUUCAUAAGGCAUUUUGUUGUAAAUGUUCAGUAUAUUUAUUUUGAAAGAGCUGACCUCAAGAUUGUAAGCCAGUGUAGUAACGUACAAACUAAAUGUUGUGGUGGCGCUUUUGUCUGGUUAAAGAGGCAUUGUUAUGUUGGCUGCUUUUUCUUUUUUUCCCCUUUUUUGUUUUAAUGCUUAAUUUUAGGCCAUUCUGGCAUUUCCAGUAGCAGCAUGUUGAUCUGCCUGCAAUAUUAUAGCUGGAAUUUAGUUGACCUCUCUAAGUAGUUGGCAGUUUCCACAUACUAAAUAUUUAGGGGGCCAUGUAAGUUGCUAAGAGCAACAUAGUAACCUGGCAGGAACUGAUGCCAGCGGAAACAACAUACAGGGUGGCUUUUUGCUAUAUUGGUAAACAAGCCUUUUGCUCAGGUUCCAAAGCAUGUUCCUCUUUCACAAAGUGUGAAAAAUUGUGUUUUAAUAUUGCACUGUUUUUGAAAUAUUUCUCUAAGUGGUCCUUUUUUCCUCCCUUUUCAUUUCUUUUUUUUUCCUUUUCCCAUGCUCAUGCCCCCCCUUGUUCACAAGAAACUAAAGUUGAUUGAACACUAGCAAAAUAUUUUUUAAACCACAUAUUAGAAUCCUCCUCAUGCAACAUUUUUAACAUCUUAACUGGCAAGUGGAAUAACUGAGCCUAAUUGGAGAAGUUCUUAAAGUGACAAGCACACACACCGCUAUUUUGCUGCAGCAGCUCCAUUCAUUUCAACAAGAAAUAUAUAGGAAAUUCAUGCAGGCCUCAUUGAAAAUAAAGGGGAUUACACAGUAGCAUUGCUUUGCAGUUGAUGCCUAUUGGUAUUUUCUCCAUGCCCAUACAUAAUUUGUAAGGGGCAGACAACAGAAUGAGAGGUAAUCACAUUUCACCGUUUUUUAUUAUUAUUCCCUGAUACUACUCUAAAUAUAAAUAUUUUGGGGAAUGGAAUGAGAUCCUUAUCUAAAACAGCUGCUGGGCCCAAGCCACUGAGGAGGUAAUUUAUGUAAACAUCUCUGAUAUGAGUAGAAUCUCUUGUUCCAAUUGAAUCCGUAUAUAUGAGCUGAGCUGAGUCCAGAAGUCAUUUGUGGUGCAUUGUGGCCAGUAGCUCUCUGGGACAGCAGGGUAAUAUGGCUGUAAUAUGAUUUUGUUGAGAAAAUAUCUGUUUCAGGUAGUCUAGCCUGACAUCUUCACUUGACUGAAGUACCUUGGGCCAAGCGCCUCGUGGUCGUCAUGGUCAGGAUUUCAAAUGUGUAAGUUCUCAAAAAUGCUCUUCAGUGUGUUCUAGAGUUUCACAACUAUUUUUGCUUUUAUCCUCACUGACUGAAAAACAAUUCUAGGGAGCAUUUUUUUGGUCCAAAAUAAUGAUAAUAAUAAACUUCAGCUCAGUUGCCAGAAAAGAGAGACAUAUUUUUAUAACAAACAUACAUUUUUUUGUACAUUAUGUUCAUUCUUAAAUAAUGUAAGUUCAAUGUUGUCUUGUAGAUAUUAAAAGGAGACUAUUGACUUUUGAUUCAAUAAAUGUUUUCUUUCA